UAACAGUAUAAUUAUGUGUGGUUCCAUACUUCCAUCCUCGCAUGCAUGUGAGGGCCAUAGCUCACUGUCGCAUGCCCUGCUCUGCUUCAGCACCACACACACACAACAAUCAGUGUGGCCAUAACAAGCAGCUAGCGAGAGCUCCCCGCGUCCAGCCAUGGCAACCACGACGACGGCUGGUAGGAACAAUGGAGAAGGAGAACAGAAGAGGUGGAGGGAGAAAGGAGGCUUCAAGACCAUGCCAUUCAUACUUGGGAACGACAUCUGCGACCGGUUCGCCACGGCCGGCUUCGGCGCCAACAUGAUCACGUACCUGACGCAGCAGCUGCACCUGCCGCUGGUGGAGGCGUCCAACCUGCUGACCAACUUCGGCGGCACGUCCAGCCUCACGCCCAUCCUGGGCGCGCUCGCCGCCGACUCCUUCGCGGGCCGCUUCGGGACCAUCGUCGCCGGCUCCGUCUUCUACCAGCUCGGCAUGCUCGGCCUCGUCGUGUCCGCGCUCCUCCCUUCGCUCCGCCCCGCGCCGUGCCCCGGCGCCCCGGCCGCGUGCCAGCGCGCCUCCGGGUGGCAGCUCGCCGCGCUGUACCUCUCCCUCCUCUGCACGUCCGUCGGCUCCGGCGGGCUGCGGCCCUGCGUCGUGGCGUUCGGCACCGACCAGUUCGACCGCGAGCCCGGGGAGCAGCAGGUCACCGCGGAGGCGGCCGGGGAGGUGGCGGAGCGCAAGCGGCGCUACUUCAACCUCUACUUCUUCACGAUGGGGGUGGCGGCGCUGCUGGCGCUGACGGUGGUGGUGUACAUCCAGGACAACGUGGGCUGGGGCUGGGGGUUCGGGAUCCCCGCCGUCGCCAUGUUCGUCUCCAUCGUCGUGUUCGUGGUCGGGUACCCGCUGUACGUCCGCCUCAAGCCCGGGGGCAGCCCGUUCACGCGUCUCGCGCAGGUCGCCGCCGCCGCCUUUAAGAAGCGCCACGUCGCCGUGCCGGAGGACGCAGGGAUGCUGUACCAGGACAAGGAGCUCGACGCCUUCAUCUCCACCAACGGCAGGCUGCUGCACACCGAUCAGCUCACGUUCUUGGACCGGGCAGCGAUUGUGACGCCGGGUGACAUCUCCGCUUCCGGGCAGCCGGACCUGUGGCGUUUGUCAACGGUGCACCGCGUGGAGGAGCUCAAGUCCAUUGUCCGCAUGCUGCCCAUCUGGUCAGCAGGGAUCAUGCUGGCCACCGCUGGCUCGCACAACGGCACCUUCACCAUCUUGCAGGCGCGCACCAUGGACCGGCACAUCACCCGGCACUUCGAGAUACCACCAGCGACCAUGUCGAUCUUCGGGACCGCGGCCAUGCUCGUCAGCCUGGCUCUCUACGACCGCGCGUUCGUGCCGCUGGCACGCCGCGUCACGGGCCUGCAGUCCGGGAUCACCUACUUCCAGCGCAUGGGCAUCGGGCUCGCCAUCUCCAUCCUCGGCGUCGCCUCCGCCGCUCUCGUAGAGACCAAGCGCCGCGAUGCCGCGGCCGACAAUGGAUUCCUGGACAAUCCGGACGCCGUCGUCCCGAUCAGCGUGUUCUGGCUUGUGCCGCAGUUCGCCAUCCAUGGCGUCGCCAGCGCCUUCUCGUCGGUGGGGCACAUGGAGUUCCUGUACGACCAGGCGCCCGAGAGCAUGCGCAGUACUGCCGCUGCGCUCUUCUGGCUCGCCAGCUCCAUCGGCCACUACCUCGGCACGGUGCUGGUCACGGUGGUGCAGCGCACCACCCGCGGUCGUGGCGACUGGCUCCAGGACAACAUCAACCGUGGAAGGAUCGACAACUACUACUGGCUCGUCACCUGCCUCAUGGUGCUCGACCUUGGCUACUACAUCGUCUGCUUCCAUUUCUACACCAUGAAGCCACUAGAGAUGGCAGACGAACAAGAUGAUCAUGACGAAGAGUGUGAGCUCUCCACUGUCCCGAAAAACGGCAUCGGUGCCGGUGUGGUGUAACGUUGAUUUGCGGGUAAUUAAUUAGGAUGGACGUUAGAUGUUAAUAUAUGGGUUAGAUACUACUACAUGGUUAAUACCACCCUCCGCAUUACGACACAAAAUUCGGUGCAACGGAUAGGGAUUAUUGAUA